AUGACUAGAGCAACUGGUGGUCUUCCAGUUCAGCUGGAUAAAGGCACAGCACCUCUAGCAGGAACAAACGGAGAAACCACCAUCCAAGGGCUGGAUGGGCUGGCUGAGCGCUGUGCUCAGUACAAGAAGGACGGUGCUGACUUUGGCAAGUGGCGUGCGGUGCUCAAGAUCACCAGCACAACACCCUCCCAGCUUGCCAUCCAGGAGAAUGCUAACACCUUGGCACGCUAUGCCAGCAUCUGCCAGCAGCAUGGCUUGGUGCCCAUCGUGGAGCCAGAAAUCCUGCCUGAUGGAGACCACGAUCUCCAGCGCUGCCAGUAUGUCACAGAAAAGGUUCUGGCUGCCGUCUACAAGGCCCUGAAUGAUCACCACGUGUACCUGGAAGGGACUCUGCUGAAACCCAACAUGGUCAUGGCUGGGCAUUCCUGCUCCAAGAAGUACACCCCUCAGGAUAUCGCCGUGGCAACUGUCACUACCCUCCUCCGUACUGUUCCUGCCGCUGUUCCCGGGAUCUGCUUCCUGUCUGGAGGCCAGAGCGAAGAGGAGGCUUCUGUCAAUCUGAACGCCAUGAACCAGUCCCCUCUGCCUAAGCCUUGGAAACUGACCUUUUCCUACGGGAGGGCCCUGCAGGCCUCUGCCCUGGCUGCGUGGCUAGGCAAAGCCGAGAACAAGAAGGCAGCACAGGAGGCCUUCCGCAAGCGGGCGCAGAUUAACAGUUUGGCUUGCAGGGGACAGUAUGUCCUGUCUGGGAAGACUGACGCAGCUGCCACGCAGUCACUUUUCACUGCCGGCUACACCUACUGAAAGUGCAGGAGCCUUCCUUCCUCCGGUCCCUUCUCACAAGGUGGAAGGUGUUCAGAAAUGAAAGAAAAACGUAGAAAUCUAAUUUCCCUUUACCCUACAGCAAGCUGGAGAUAAAAUGGAUAAGAUUUCUCUCCGCCCUUCACUCCCACAAUUUACCAAGGGGAUAUUCUUGUUUCGUUUGCACAUACCAAGGAAAGGGAAUUCUUUCCGAACAGCAAACAACAGCUGCCAAUGAGUCAUGAACCCACUCUCCUCCCCAGUCUGACACUCAAUCCCUGGAAUAACAGGCAGAUUAAGUAGUUCCCUGGCAAUUCAAACACACACCCUUGCCUAUUACCACAUUUUGCAGCCAAAAUCUUGAAUUAUAAAACCUGACUCUGUAUUCAAUCAUGGCAAUAAAACAGUAAUUGAAAAACUAA